CUGCGCGCCCACCCCGCACCCUUCGUGGACGUCUCGGCAGGGCGGCCUUGCCCGGCCCUUUGCGGGCCAGAGGAGGCCGAAGUCAUCAGGGGCCAUCUUGCCGCCCUCCUGGCCCACUUAAAGGCUGCUGAGGCCACCAGCGCCGGCCCCGUGUCCUCCAGCGAGGUUGUCCCCACGGGCUGGAACCUCUGCACCAUCGUCGGGGUGCUGCUGGGCUACCCGGCAGCGUACACCUUCGCCAUGGAGGAGGGUGCCCAGAACUGCCUGGCGCUGACGCCGCUGAGGGUGUUCACGGCCCAGGCCUCCUGCCCCAGGAUAAGGGACGGUCUCGGGGUCCAGAUCUAUUCCUUCAGCAUCCCGGAGAGCCUCUGCGCGGAGCUGAAGGAGGUGCUGGACGCCUGGUGUGAUGAGCUGAAGGAGGCCUUCGGCGCUCAGAGUGACUUUGUAGAUCUCCGCAUUUCGAGCGAGGUGGUGUCUCUUCCAGCAGUUGCCUUGUAAAACACAAACUCAGACUUUUUGGCCGAUUUCUUACUUGCAUCAGCGACUGAGGCAAGAGAUCUGGUUCCCGUAUGUGGGGCCCACUGAGGCGCUCUCCAGAGGUCCCUGAGGAACAAAUGCUGAAGUUUGAGAUCUCAGGCCUCGGACCUUAUAGACCAGUUGCAAACAAAGCCCGUGUGCUUCCCAGGAGACCAGUGUGUGGAUGUACGCGCUCACAGCUGCUCCGCAGCCUCCAUCCACACUGCGGAGCAUGCCCGUAAAGGGCAGUGUAUCAAUAGUGGAUUAAAAAUAUUACAGAACUGAAUAGGGUUUAUUUAUUUGCUGUGAGGAUUAAUAAAAACUUUGAUCACCA